AUGAAGUUCAGAAUACUAUGGCUAAUAGCCAUAGUUUAUUUAACAUGUGAGGUAUCUGCAUUCACCGAUGGAAGUUAUCAGGUAUCAGAGUAUGGAGAUUUGGAGCCAGCUGCAUCGGAGAAGAAGUACGCGAAGGGCGGGAGUGAGGAGGAGCAUGACGACCAUUACGGUGAGAGCGGGGAGAAGGGUGAGAAAGGCUACAAGAGUCAUCACGAACACGAGGAGGGAAAAAAGGGCCACCACGACAAGGAGAAGCAUCACGGGCAUUAUGAGGAGGAGGAGGGGGGAAAGAAGGGGCAUCAUCACAAGGAAGGGUACGACGAGCAUCACCAUAAGGGGGAGAAGGGGCAGAAGGGCCACAAGUUCCAUGAGAAGGAGGAGUGGAAGAAGGGUCACAAUACCAAGGGGGAACACCAGAUUCACAAGUUGAAUGAGUUUAAGAAGGACAAGCACUUCUGGGAUGAGGACCAUGACUCUGCUAAUGAACAUAAAUACGGUGGGGAUCAUCAUGAGCACAAGUUUGAGAAGGGUGGACAUUUCAAGAAGGGUCACGGGGAGAAGAAGGGGCAUGAGCAUCAUUAUGGGAAGAAGGGGCAUCAUAAGAAGGGACAUCAUCACAAGGACCAUGAGGGGCACAAGGGAGAGAAGGGGCAUGAGGAUCACCAUCACCAUCAUUCUAAGCAUGGCAAGAAGGGCGGACACAAGGACGGGAAACACUGGAGUUUCAAGAAAGGUCACAAAUAA